AUGGACGUCCAACAAUUCGCGUCUCAGCUGUCCGAUCCGUCAUGGGAAGACCCUCAAUGGCACAAACAACAUACUAUUGACAUCCAGCUUGACGACUCCGAUGAUGAACCUGGACAGAUGAAUGAUAGGGCAAAGGCACUAGACGAUGCCGCCAGCGAACUGAACUCCCUCUGCGCCAGUAAUGCACCCCUCGGAGACGUUCAAGACUUCCUGGCCAAAUGGGAGCAUCCACCCUCGAGUGGCCAAAUACAGCCCAAUGCCCUGGCCUGGUUUGACAACUCGAAUGCAGUACGGUGGGGAUGCGCAAACAGUAGCCCUGACGUGGUGCGACUUCUACUGGAAAAGGGGCUCAACCCAACCGCUAUGGCUGUGUCGUUCGCCAUUCCACAAUUGAGACUAUCCAAAGAUAGGACUAUACUUCAGCUCCUCGUUGAUUAUGGCUGGGACGUGAAUGAGCCUUUGAACGACAAAACACCACCAUUUAUGAGCUUGCUGCUAGAUGACCCAGAUCUUGUUCAGUGGUGUUUGUCUUUGGGCGCAAAUCCAAACCUUUCAAGCCCGUCCGGGAAUACCAUUAUGCAACGAGCUGCAAGCUACGGCUCCGUGGCUACGAUGAGGCUCUUGAUUGACCAUGGCGGGGACGUCACACAGGGAGCGCUCGUGGCUCACGCGUCCUCUUUUCACAAUGAUGGUGUCGCGGGCCGCCUCGAAGUUGCCCAGCUACUUUUAGACAAUGGCGCUCCUGUUGAUGCUUACUAUGGCGACAACGUGAGCGAUGCAGCGAAAUCGUAUGAUGCUAUGCUGGCUGGCAGGCAGAACGCACUCCACUUCGCCAUCGGGGGCGGAAAGCGAGAUAUGGCGGAGUUGUUGAUUCGCAGCGGCGCUGACAAGCAUCUAGAAACUAGUUCCCCGAUGAAGACAAACGGAGAGGUUGUCUCACCCAUAGAAUUGGCAAGGAUUUCCGGACAAGAAGAUAUCAUAGAAUUAUUACAAAGCACCGAGACUUGA